AUUUGGAUUACAUUUUUAAAUAUAUUCUUAAGAGCUGUUGGCCUUAAGAAUAGCAACAUUUAACAAUCAAGUGUUUUACAAUGAAGUAUUCAUACUUUUCACUGUUAUUAACAAUUGCCUGCUUUUGUACUUUAGAGUGCGCGUCAGCUCAGAAUCAGGGAUCAGACCACUUUCAACUACCGAAUGAAUUGAGUGUACAAUAUUUAAAUGUCUCUGAGGAAGAGAUUAAGAGAAGUUGCGAUCGACUGGGAAGGUGCUUAACAGAGAAGAAUAAUAUAAUUAGGGAUGUGACCUAUAACGCCGGUCUUCGGAUGAUAGAUCAAUUUCCAAACAUAAUGAGAAAUAGAUCUUCAGUUACCGACGCUGACUGGGAUACACUUAUAGACCAUCGCUGUCUAGUAAAUAUACCCAUGAACAUGAUGGUGUCAAUCAGUAAUGAAAUUGCUUGGACUUGUAUUUUAAGAGACAGACAUGUACCUAAGGACAAUAUUCAACGUUAUCAUAGAGAAUGGGUUAAGGAAUACUGUGCCAGAGUUCGAAGGCUCGCUCUUCGUCAAUAUCAAGAAAAUGAAAAUCGACAUUAAUAAUCCUUUUAGAAGAGUAAACUUGUGAUUGGAUAUUUGGCUCAUUCAGAUAAGGAUUGAAAUGAUAUAUUCUUAAUAAUAAAUUGAUUAAAAUGUAGUCUACGAGUGAAGAAAAUAUAAAAUUCUUUUUCCAGUUA